AUGAUGGAACGGGGACUUUGGGGUCUCUUCGACGGAACGGAGAAAAAGCCGGUCAACAAGGACGAGAUCGCGACAUGGAAGAAGAAGGACCAAAAGGCGUUCGCAACGUUGAUUUCGCGCAUCGGCAUCAACCUCGUGAUUUCGGUGCGCACGUGCAUCAAGCUCGAAGCGUCGGCGCAUGAAGCAUGGAAGCGGCUCGAGACGAUGCACGUGAACAAGACUCUCCACGGCAAGAUCCUAGCCCGAAAUGCGUUCUACACGGUGAAGUUACGAGCAGGCGAAUCGAUGCACGAGUAUGCGACUCGUGUGGAGGAACUCGGGGAAACGUUCAUAGACCUCGGUGGAACGGCGCGGGACGAAGAGGGCAACGCGCACACGGCAUCCGGCGAGGCCGAUGAUUCAAAGGAGUCGCUCGUGUUAGUGGCCGGCAACGGGAGCAAAACUCCAAGCGACGCGUGGUUCCUCGAUACCGGGGCAACGCAACACAUGAUGCACUCGGCGUCGCUCCUCAACAACAUUGGCGCUCCGGGAGACGUUACGAGCAUCGUGUUCGGAAACAACGAAUCGCUACCGGUGGUCGGAGUUGGGAGUACUCGCCUUAUCGUCGAUAGCGGUCCGGUGGACGUGACGAGCGUGUUUCACGUCCCGGGGGUGAAGGUGAACCUUCUAUCCGUCCCGCAACUUGCGAAGAAGGGCGGGAUCACCAUCAUCGACGGUGCGACAAUGAACCUCUUUUGGAAGGGGGAGCAAUUCGCGCAAGGUGUUCUCAACGGAGAUAUCUACCAACUCAAGACGUACCCGAGAGCGGCUUCAUCCAACGUGGCGCAAGGCUCCAAGGCGACUCUUAAGGCGUGGCAUAAUCGGCUUGCGCACGCCAACUACGAGUCGGUCAAGGAGUUGGCCAACAAAGGACUUGCGAAGGGAGUCGACGUGAUCGCCGGCAACGACGAGAAGGGUGUGUGCGCGGCGUUUGUCGAAGGAAAAAUGGCUCGCAAGCCAUUUGGUAGCCGUACCUCACCCCUCGCUAAGGACCCGCUUGCGCUUGUUCACAUGGACGUGUGUGGACCGAUGCGGCAUGCAUCAAAGGGAGGAGUGCGGUUCCUCUUAGUGAUGCUCGACGACGCAACGCGGAUGUUUCGCCACAAGUUGCAACCGAAAGCUCGUGCGGCGAUCUUCUUGGGAGUGGCGCCAAACGAGCGUGCAUGGCGAGUGUGGGACUUGGGUGAAAAGCGCGUUGUCACGUCUCGGGACGUGGUCUCCGAUGAAGACAAGUUCCCGUCAAAGGAAAAACCCACUCAACAACUCACCUUCAUCCUUUCGCCACGAGAGGAGGUUGAAGAGAGUGAGGUUCCAUCUCAAGUGGAGAAGGAAGCCGAAGAAGGAGGGGGAGGGAACAACGAGGAGAGCGUUGAUGAUGUCGAGGAGGUGUCACCAACCGAGGCGGCAACUACCUCCACACCUUCCUCCCUACCAUUGGCCUUGACUCACGAGCGUCGUGAGGUUCGUCCUCCCUCCAAGUACGCCGACUAA